GGGGCGAGACUGAAGAGGGAGGAGGGAAGAGGGAGCCGUGGUCCUUUGCGCGGCCGCCUGGAAGGCUCCGAAGGGCGGCAUGAGGAGGCCGGGGCGCGCGGGAGAUGAAGAGCACAUGUGAAUAACCCAUUUCAGAAGCCCUCACCAGCCAAGGAAACUCAAGAGUGUAGUAUUCUUGGACAGUCGCUGGUUCCAGACGCUCUGGGGGAGCCAUGAGACUAGCAGGUCCACUCCGUGUCGUUGUGAUCGUCUUGACAGCUGGACUGACCUGGAUCCUUGUCAGUAUCAUGUUGGGCACCCAAAGUGGCUUCUCACGGCUGCAGCAGCUUCUCAGCAAACCCAGGCCCAAGAAGUACAAGUGCGGCCUUCCUCGGGCCUGCCCAGAGCACACCUUGGCCUUCCGGAUCACAAGUGGUGCAGCAAAUGUCAUUGGGCCCAAGAUCUGCCUUGAGGAUAAAAUGCUAAUGAGCAGUGUGAAGAACAAUGUUGGCCGGGGCCUAAAUAUUGCACUGGUGAAUGGGGUGAAUGGAGACCUGAUUGAUGCCAAAUACUUUGACAUGUGGGCAGGAGAUGUGAAUGAACUGUUAAAAUUCAUCCGGCCGUUGCAUGAGGGGACGCUGGUGUUCGUAGCCUCUUACGAUGAUCCCGCUACAAAAAUGAAUGAAGAGACCCGCAAAAUCUUCACAGAACUUGGCAGCAGGAUUGCCCAGGAGCUUGCCUUUCGAGACAGCUGGGUCUUUGUGGGAGCCAAAGGGGUGCAGGACAAGAGUCCCUUUGAGCAGCAUGUCAAAAACAGCAAGAGCUCCAACAAGUACGAGGGCUGGCCUGAGGCACUUGAGAUGGAGGGCUGCAUCCCACAGCGAACUGCAGAUGACUAGGGAGGAUGUCUUUCCUCAGUAUCUCUGAGGUUUCUUCCAUCUCUUGUCUUCCCUUCUGGUGACAGCUGUCCGUCGUCUUUCUCUUCUGCCUUAUGCAGGCAAUCCAGUUCUUUCUUGCCUGGUCCAGACCCUGAGAAGUGGGGUAUUGUAUGACAAUCUGUGAAGGAGAUCCUAUCCUACAACCACCCCAUGACCUGGCAGUCUUCCCCAUGUGCCUUAUUUGCUGUCCUGGAUGGAGGAAGUAAAUCCUUUCCUUUCUCCUUUUGGAAUGGGAUCAGGGAACAAAUUCAUGCCCCUGUCUGGGAAUAUUGGCUCAGGAACUCAGAUUGGUCAAAGUUGGUAUAUUUAUAUUUAUGUGGUUUUCUUUCCACUGUGAUAUGUUGAACCUCACUCGCACUUAGGCCCAAACAGAUACACACACACAUUACUUCCCAGGGUAAAAGGUGCAGAUGUGUUGAUAGUGAUGGGUGUAGCUAAAAGCCAAAAACGGACAAUGAUAUCGGUUUCUCUCUAUCUACACCCUUUUCCUUAUCUGCUUUUAUUCUUUCCUAAAUCUACACUUCAUUCACAUGGAUCAGUCCAUCUACUACUCUUGACAUGAACAGUCUCUGGAGAGCACAACGGUCCCAAUUGCAAGGCAGAGCUUGGGAAGAAGAAAUAAAUAUGAGCUGAAUGAGGAGGUCCUUCAGGCCACCUCAAGGGAAGGAGCCAAGUUGGGAUACCUAUGCUCCAAAGGCUCCGACAUCCAUCAAUCCCAUGCAGUAUGGCUAAUAGUAAGGGAGAAUGUAAGUUGUAGUCCAAACUGAAGGACCAAUGGUUCCUAUCUCUAGGCCCGCACUUCCUCACUCCUGUUUUGGAGGGACCACUCCUUUUCUGCCCUUGUUUCUGUGUCUCAGUUUAAUCCCUCCGCCACCACGAUGUUUUGGUACUUUUGCACAACUCCUGAAUGAUGCCCAGAUGCUAUUUCUGGAAAAGUUGUGUUGGUGUUUCAUUUGUGUCAGGAAGAGACGGGGCAUCUGAAAGACCCUUGCUCUUUCUCACACUCCUUUGUUUAUAUGUUACAGGGGAGAGAAUCGAAGACAAGCAUUUUAUUUUUGAAAUUCUUGUUGCUGUACGACAUCUCCAAUAAACAAAGUACAAAAUUA